AUGGCACCUUUAAGCUAUAACUUAGCUGAUAUAAUCUUUCUACAUGAUAUCUUUGGUUCAUAUUUAGAUGUACAGUUAAGGACAAGUGAUAAGAAAUUAGAAAAACGCAAUUUCAAAAUAGCUGGAGAUGUUUUG